GUAUGCUCUACUUAUUCGAUCAAAGCGACACUCUUACCCACGUGUGCUAUAUUAUCAAUAUAAAAAGGGUGUUCAAUCCUGAUUGACAAUCUGAUUAAUAAAAAAGCUACUUCCUUGUCGUUAGCGCCAUCUUUUGGUUGAAGGCAGUGAGUACAGUCUACCAAGCCAUAUUUUUUGUUUGUGUACUAUACAUAUAGAUAUUUUUUAUGUACAAUUUGUCAGGUUCUUAACGUUGACGAAAGAUGAGGGAAUAUCGUCGUUUUAAACGUCUUAUUUCGGACCAACCGCAGCGUAACGGCCAUAGAUUCCGCUGCCAUACACAUGAACAUCGAUCGGAACGACACUCUGUCUCCGGCGUGCGCAGAUAUAUUUUUUUUAAUUUUUAAUUGUAUUUAUUUAUUUUUGUCUGAUGUUGUGUAUUAAUAGCACAAACUUGGCCAUUGACAAAAAAGGUAAACCUCUUCAAAAUCUGCUGACUUUCCAUGUCCGUGCAAUGCCUUAAAGUCGAGGUUGCCCUUGCCAAUAUGGCCGGCCAGGAUGGUGUUCGCCUUCACAUUUUCGCUGUAGAUCAUUUUACUAUUCACACUCGCUAAAACAUCUUGUUAUAUUAAAUACAUACAGAUAUUAAUGCAUGUAUUAUAAUGACGCACAUGCACAGGUGGACCCACGUUGUGUUUGUGACACAGCCCAUGAAUGGUUUGUGUAAAAGACGAAAGUGCACAUUCAAAAAGAUACACGAGUUUAUCUGAACGUCAGCAUGAAGGCUAUCGCGAGCCCUUGUCACGUUGAAGCGAUUACGUCACCGAGACGUCCAAGGGCCUCUCGAUGCUGCAAAGUUAUAAAUAAAGAGAGGACAUACAAAUGGAGCAAUGCCAAAACGCGAACUAAAUAGUAAUAAGUUAAUGUUUCCGCUCUUGUUGAAGCUGUACUGGAAGUAGCCUCUGGUAAAGUAGCCCCUGCAGGUGGGCUCUCCUCCUCCGGGUGGCGCUAAAAACAACGCUUUUUCUCUGCGCCAAUAUCAGACUUAUUGAGUUGGUCUUAUGUAAAAAGUAAGGUAAAACCUUUCAAAAAAGAGAGAGAAUGAAAAAGGCAACUCCCUGAUGGUUAUAGGGAAAGAAUUAUUAGUGCUCGGGGGAGCCAGUUAUUGAGAGAGAGAGCGAUGGCAGUAACUUGACGAAUGCCUGAUUCACUAAGGGUGUAGGAGGAUCUUGAAAAUGAAAACUUAAAACCCAUUUUAAGAAUCCUCAUCUUAUGGUCAUGAAUCACGAUAUGAACCCUCACGCCUCACAGCAGUAAAAGCCAGUGGUGGGAAGUGGCAAAGCGCAAAUACUUUGUUCCUGUCCUUUAAGUAGAUAUUUCAGUCCACAUCCCGCCUCAGGCGCGAUGAUUCCAGAAGCCUUGAAGAUUUUCUGGAGGCAGCUGGUGCGCAUCAAGGUGGUGGACGCCACCAGCGACGAGACGCGUCUGUCGCGCUGCCUCAACACGUUCGACCUGGUGGCGCUGGGUGUCGGGAGCACGCUGGGCGCCGGGGUCUACGUGGUGGCCGGCAACGUGGCCAAAGAGAAUUCGGGACCCGCCAUCAUUCUGUCCUUCCUGAUUGCGGCGGUGGCGUCCAUCCUUGCCGGCCUGUGCUACGCUGAGUUUGGUGCCCGUGUGCCCAAAACGGGCUCAGCGUACCUUUACGCUUACGUGACGGCCGGAGAGUUGCUGGCCUUCAUCACCGGGUGGAACCUCCUCCUUUCGUAUGCCAUUGGUACUUCGAGCGUGGCCAAAACGUGGAGCGUCACCUUUGACACGCUCAUCGGAGGCAAAAUCGAGAAAUGGAGCAAAAACAACAUACCCAUGAAUUUGCCUGGUGUCCUUUCCGAUUACCCUGAUGUCUUUUCAGUCGCUCUCGUCAUAAUUGUGACAGGCGUGCUCGGUUUUGGUGUGAAGGAGUCUGCGCUGGUGGGCAAAAUCUUCACCAGUAUCAACAUCCUGGUUCUCAUAUCCGUCAUGGUCGGCGGGAUGAUCAAAGGCGACGCCAAAAACUGGACGGUGCACCCAGACAACAUCCUCAGCGCCGCCGACGCGCCCUCGCCCAAUACAACCGAUCAUAUGUCUUUGAAGCAAAGUCUGGGCGCGGGGGGGUUCAUGCCCUUCGGCUGGAUGGGGGUCUUCUCCGGGGCCGCCACCUGCUUCUAUGCCUUCAUUGGAUUUGAAUGUAUCGCCACGACAGGUGAGGAAGUGAAGAACCCGCAGAAGGCCAUCCCCAUCGGGAUUGUUAGCUCGCUGCUCAUCUGCCUGGUGAUGUACAUGGGCGUGUCGACAGCCCUCACCGUCUUGGUGCCGUACUACCUGCUGGACAGACAGAACCCGCUGCCGGUGGCCUUCACGCACGUGGGCUGGCCGGUCGCCACCAACGCCGUGGCGGCCGGCUCUCUCUGCGCGCUGUCCACCAGUUUACUGGGCGCCAUGUUCCCCAUGCCCAGAGUGAUGUGGGCCAUGGCGGAAGAUGGCCUGUUCUUCAAAUGUCUGAGCAGAAUCAACCGUCGCACCCAAACGCCCGUCAUCGCAACCGUCGUGUCGGGUGUUGUCGCGGCCCUGAUGGCCAUGCUGUUCAACUUGAAGGAGCUGGUGGACCUCAUGUCCAUCGGCGCUCUGCUGGCUUACACACUGGUGGCCGCGUGCGUGCUGGUGCUCAGGUACAAGCCCGACAAGAGCGCCGCCGAUGAGACGGCCGCUCAACAGGAGGAGGUGGAAACCGAGGGCGACGGGACCAUCCGGAGAAAAAAUGACUUCUGCGCCACCAUCAGGUGGCUCGUUUUGCAGCCGGAUGAAGAACCCACCCUUCGCUCCGGCUUCGCGGUCACCAUUUGCACCAGCAUGCUUGUGGUUUUGGCGUUCCUGUUCAGCGCGGUGGCUGUCACGGGCCGGAAAGCUGCGUGGUGUCCCAUCCUCCUGGGCGCCAUCCUUACGGCAUGCGUGGGCGUCACCGCUGUGGUGUGGAGACAACCGCAGAACAAGACCAAGCUCACCUUCAAAGUCCCUCUGGUGCCCUUGAUCCCACUGGUGAGCAUGCUGAUCAAUACGUACCUGAUGACGCAGCUCCUGUCAGGACCGUGGGUGCACUACACCACCUCCAUGGCUAUAGGUAUGAUCAUCUACUUCGGCUAUGGCAUCCGUAAGAGCGCGCUGGCGGAGCGGAACAAGGUGUACGAAUGCAAACUGGACGGUCGUGGCGAUGAGCUGUGAUUUGAUGAGACCCGUCAAACAAAGAGUAGAAAGCAGCUGACAAAACAUUUUGGAUGGACAGCAGUUGAAACAAAGCACUUUUUUUUCUAUCUUUAGACACCCUUUUUAACGGACCAUCUGUUGUACAUAUUUUCUCUUACAUAACCUGUGUUCAUUUUUUUUAACUUUGCAGAUUUCUCUUCUACUUGGGCGGGGGGGGGGGUGACCAUGACCAAGAUUUUUUUUUUUUUUUUAUAAUUUGUCAGUAAUGAAUACAUUCAGCCAUUUGUGAGUGCAUACAUGAAGGCAUAUGUACAUUUGAUAUUUUGGGCCUUAGCGAAGGUCUGCCUGAGUUAUAGCAUUCAAAUUUUGUGAAUAUUGUGAAGUGCCACUCAAUAUUUUGAAAUAUAUUGUAAUCACCUAUUUUUCAAAUAUUUACUUUUUAAAAAAAUAUAUUUUAUAGUUUGUAUCACUCAGUCAUAUUUUAGUUCCUUUUAAUUU